AUGAUGAUACAAUUUAUUCCGUUUAUUCUUCAAUUUUUUCUAAUUCUUUUCUAUAUACCGUGCUCGCUAACCGGCGAAAUGCAAGGAUCAACUAGUUUAAAAUUGAUUGUCACCGCCGAUACCCAAUAUCAUUUCAUGUGCGAAAAUAUGAAUUUUCAAUGUAAAGCAAUAUCGAGAAAUUGCCGUGAUGAAAAUGAUUUUCCAAUGAAUCUUGAAUUAGACAGAAAAGUCAAUGUUACAAUUCAAGCAGCUCUUGAAAAAUGCAUUGCGCUUGAGAGCAGAUACGCAAAUCGGGUUCAAAGGCGAUCGAUAUUGGAUCUUAUUGAGCAGCACAAUAAAACUGUAAAGGGUUUGAUCAUUAACGGAGAUUUGACCAAUUUCGGGCACACCCACCAAUUAGAAGAAUUUAAAAAAGGAUGGAUAGAUUAUUUUCCAGUACCUGUUUAUGUCGGGCUUGGAAAUCAUGACUACCAGAAUAAUGUGAAUGACUGUGUUCUCAACUACUGCGCCCAUACAAUGCUUUCAUGGUUCACAACGUUUACCAGAAAGCAUUCAAUAUAUCCGGAUAUUCAUAGAAAAACGAAUGGGUUUUCCGAAGACUACAAAGGAUCUUUAGCGUAUACGGAAAGAAUUUGCGAUGGCACCGGUAAAGUAUGCGUUUUUAUGAUACAAUUGAACAAUGCUAUUGAUUAUACGGUUAAAAUUGACGCAUUUAUUGCUCGUUAUGAGCUCACUUCUCCAUUAGAAUAUUUAAAGAAAGAGCUUGACCUGAUAGUGGACUCCGGCAUUCCAAUACUUAUCAAUGUUCAUCAAUGUGAAGGGCUCUCUCGGAGAAAAUUGAGAUCCUUUUUGGAAUCAUUCAUUGGAAAUAAUCAAGCGAAGAAUCCGAAAAUUGCUGUUCUUUUCGGUCAUAUGCAUCGCUAUCACGAGAUUUAUUAUUACUGUAUGCAUGAUCAAAGGGUCCCAUUUAUCUAUGCAGGGAGUGUGCCCAACAAUAGAUUCUCAAUAUUAGAGUUUCUUGAAAAUAAGGGCUAUAUUACUGGUUACAGCGCACUUGACCCACUGGUUUACAAAGACCAAACUUUAAAGGAACAUAAACGCUUAGAAUUGUUCGGCGAUUGUUUACAGUCACCACAUGUUGAAUUUUCGAAAACGUUUCUUCAUAUUUUGCAAGAAAUGCUUGCGAAUAAUCGAACAGUUCCCCUUGAUUAUCAAUAA